AUGCAAUUGAAUAUUAUUUUUUCAGUCCUAUUACUUUGUUACAAAGUUGAUUUUAUUAAUGCAAUUGUAAUCCCUAAACAUCACCAUUGGGAUGAUAAGUAUGGAGGUCAUGACCAUUAUAAACAUCAUGAUUAUGACGAUGAUUAUGGUGAUGAGGAAGAUGAUUGUUCCACUACUUUGCUUUUUUCUACUACAGACUGUUACGAAACUAAAGAAGAUACAAGUACUUCAUGCUUAACAACCACAGAUACACGUACUACUUAUACUCCAGUUACUUCUCCCACCUCUGAUUGUGAAGAGACUACCUCAACUGAAAGUUGUACGUCAUCUACAACUUCAAAAGUUUGCACAUUUUCUGAUUCAACCACUACUUAUACUUCAGAGUGCUGCACUACUUAUUCAGCAUCAAGUUGUUCUACAUCUUCAGAAUCAACUUGCACUACCUCUUCAAAAUCAAGCUGUUCAAGUGGUAUUUGUACUGUUUCAGAUUCUACAACAACUUAUACUACAGAUUGCCCAACUACUACAACUACAACUACUACCCAGCCAAGUAGUUCAUCCUCUGGUAAAGUUUGUACCUAUUCUGAUUCAACCACCACCUACACUUCUGAUUGUAAAACAAUUGAUGCUAGUAGUACCAGCACUUCAAAAUCCUCUACUUCUUCUAAAUCAUCCACCACUUCUGAUUGUAAAACAAUUGAUGCUAGUAGUACCAGCACUUCAAAAUCCUCUACUUCUUCUAAAUCAUCCACCACUUCUGAUUGUAAAACAAUUGAUGCUAGUAGUACCAGCACUUCAAAAUCCUCUACUUCUUCUAAAUCAUCCACCACUUCUGAUUGUAAAACAAUUGAUGCUAGUAGUACCAGCACUUCAAAAUCCUUUACUUCUUCUGAAUCAUCCACCAUUUCUUCUGAAUCGUCUACUACUUCCUCUGAAUCAUCUACUACUUCCUCUGAGCCAUCUACUACUUCCUCUGAAUCAUCAACCACUUCCUCUGAAUCGUCUACUACUUCCUCUGAAUCAUCUACUACUUCCUCUGAAUCAUCAACCACUUCCUCUGAAUCGUCUACUACUUCAAACAUUUGUACCUUUUCUGACUCUACAACAACCUAUACUUCAGAAUGUAGAACACUUGAUCCAACUAGCGUACUUCCCUCUACAUCUUCAACAACUACUUCCUCUGAGCCAUCUACUACUUCCUCUGAAUCAUCAACCACUUCCUCUGAAUCAUCAACCACUUCCUCUGAAUCAUCUACUACUUCCUCUGAAUCAUCUACUACUUCCUCUGAAUCAUCUACUACUUCCUCUGAAUCAUCUACUACUUCCUCUGAGCCAUCUACUACUUCCUCUGAAUCAUCAACCACUUCCUCUGAAUCAUCAACCACUUCCUCUGAAUCAUCUACUACUUCCUCUGAGCCAUCUACUACUUCCUCUGAAUCAUCAACCACUUCCUCUGAAUCAUCUACUACUUCCUCUGAGCCAUCUACUACUUCCUCUGAAUCAUCAACCACUUCCUCUGAAUCGUCUACUACUUCAAACAUUUGUACCUUUUCUGACUCUACAACAACCUAUACUUCAGAAUGUAGAACACUUGAUCCAACUAGCGUACUUCCCUCUACAUCUUCAACAACUUCAAACAUUUGUACUUUUUCUGACUCUACAACAACCUAUACUUCAGAAUGUUCCACCUCCUCCGAUACAACUACUACAACAACUACAACUGACACAACUUUCUCAACUACAACUAUUUUCUCAACACUUGAUCCACAUAUAACUAUAACAACAUAUGUAGACGAAUUUACCACUUUAACUACAACUGUUAGUGACUGUACCACAUUUAUUUCAUGCAGUUCUUCUUCGUCUAUCACGCCAGAAACCACAGUUAAUGUUGUUAAACGCCAUGGAUUAUGUACUUCACAUACAAAGGAAUGUGAUUGUGUCCCAACUCCUACCACGAUUACUACAAAAACAUGUAUGAAAUCUUCUUCAAACCCCUGUGCUACUCGUUCAUAUCUGCCAAUAAUUACAUUAUAA